AUGCCUGCGCACCGAAGUCGCAUGGCCUUUGAGCCUAUGCCCCCAGAUCUCGAUAUCAAUGAGGUCGUUGAAUCCACCCCGAACUUCGACUUUGCGAUGCGAAUCACCUGUGAAAGCGUCGACGAACACCCAUUCGAGCAGUUUGAGAAGCUGGUAUUAUACCAAGUAGUGUUGUCGGGGAGGCCCCUUGUCAUUGAAGGGUUUCAGGAAUACCUGGAUAAGCGCCUCUUUUCGGAGAGAUGGCUUCGGGAGACAUACUCAUCCAAAAUCGAAGUGGUUCGCGACUUGAAUAAGAAAGUGAACACUUCCUACACCAUGGGCCAUUAUCUUCAGAGUUUACCACUCCUUGCACGCCGAAUGACGCCCGACGAUUACACCCGCAAAGAUCGCCAGCGCCUCUACAUGAAGGAUAUUGAUUGCCCCAAAGAAUGGCACGAUUUUCUCGAAAAUCUUAUUCCGCCAUCUCUGUUCUAUCUCAAUGAUGCCCCGAAGGACUUCCGGGGCCCGGCGUCGAGGAUGUCGAGUCUGUCCGGAAUUCCGCGAACCGCAGAACAGGAGAUGAUUGCCCCUGCGGGGGAUCUGAUGAGCAGCCUGCCCGCCAGCCAACGGGCCGAGAACCUGAUGUGCUACAUCGGUCACGAAGGGACAUACACCCCAGCACAUCAAGAAAUGUGCGCUAGCUUGGGUCACAACCUCAUGGUGGAUGCUUCUGGCGGAGGCCAAGAGAAUGGCCAGCAGACCCAGCCAGGCUCAUCGAUAUGGUUGAUGACCGACAACAAAGAUCGGCACGUGGUGGCGGAGUACUGGAUGUCUGUGCUCGGUCAUGAUAUUGACAUCGAGGAUUUCUUUGCCCCCUUACAUGCCUGGCAGAUCGCACCAUUUCGAACCUGGGUCGUUGAACAGAAGCCCGGUGAUUUGAUCCUGGUACCACCUCUGGCCGCGCACCAGGUGUGGAACCGUGGAUCUCGCACUAUGAAAGUUGCGUGGAAUCGGACGACCGUCGAUACCUUGGAGCUAGCUUUGCGUGAAUCUUUGCCCCACGCUCGGAUGGUCUGCCGGGACGAGCAAUACAAGAACAAGGCCAUCGUGUAUUUCACGCUUGAAAAGUACUCUAAGUUGUUACAAGGGGCCAAAAACAUGAAACAUUGGGUGGUUGAUCAACUGUGGCAGGAUUUCAAACGACUCUUCAAUAUGUACAAGGACAUUCUUCUGUCCGAGAGCUUCUCUCAGAGGAAGCCGGAAAAGUCCGUGGAAUUCCACGAGUACCAGAGCAAUGUGACGUGUUCUUUUUGCCGGUGCAACAUUUUCAACAGAUUCCUCACCUGCAGCGGAUGUGCAGAUGCGCAGCACCUGGGAGAAGAUUUGGGGCCCUAUGAUGUAUGCAUGGACUGUUAUGCCAUGGGAAGAAGCUGUCAAUGCGUCUCCAAGCUUCAAUGGAUGGAGCAAUUCCCCAUCAAACAGCUGACCGACCGAUACGAUUCAUGGCGUCGGCUGAUCGUGACCUCGGAGGAAGCCAGGAAACAGACCUCAGAUAUCAAAGAGUUCAAGCAGAAGUUUCCGACAUUUGUGGUUGCCCGAGGACAGACAGGCAGAAGAUCGAUUGCUGAGAUCUGUCAGGAGCAGCUGGCUCGACGUCCGUGGAAUGAUCCCCAAAAUCCUAAGCCAGUGAACCAGCGCAACCAGCUACUGGCCAAGAGGACUAAUGGUAAAGGCAAAGGCAACACCAAAGGCAACACUAAUGGUACCGCCAAUGGUCACGGCGAUGGCGAGAGCGAUGUCGAUGAGGAUUCGCCUCGGAAGAAGAGGAAAUUCCGACCAUCAUCCUCUAGAAACCCCCAGGGGAUGAACCGGUGCCACGUAUGUCAACACUUGGAAAUGAAUUGGAAAUUAGCGUCUUGCUCCAAUUGUGACCAAAACUACUGCUAUGGAAGUCUUUACCGCGCUUUCGAGAUCCGCCCCCACGAAGCGAUGGAGAAACAUCACUGGCUGUGCCCCAAAUGCCGCAAGGUGUGCAGCUGCGGUGGCUGCCAUCGGGAUGUCAACAACAAGCCCUACGCACCCAAUUUCACCGUCCUGGGCCAUGACACCAGCACGGUGGCCGAUCCGCGCAGUAUUGAGGUUUUGGUCGACUUCCGAAAAUCCAAUCUCUGGUGGCUCAAGAAGUUUGGUGGCGAUGAUGUACAUGGGCGCAUCGCCAAACGUCAACAGGAGGCUGAGGAUACUGACCAUGCCCGACGAGCCAAAUUGACCGCUGAAGGGUUCAAGUUCGAGACUAGUCCGUUCGACCAAGCCAACCAGCUCCCAAAUGGCUAUGAGAACGGUUCUGCCUUUGAUAUGCCUCUUGACCCUUCCCUGAUUGAUGGAUCCUUCCUGACUGGAUGA